AUGGUUACCGUCGACACGAUGCAACUCAAUGCUCGCAUUAUUCAACUACCACAAGAGCUCCGAGACAUGAUCCUCGAUAUGUUUCUCGACAAGAUCACAUUUGCAUCAGUCCUCAACGGCGCAGUCGAAAUCAACUCCGACUACACCCCACCCCACUCCCUCCGAAUCGACCACACAUCCCGCACCAAAGUCGCAGCCUCCUACUACAGCUCCACCAAACUCACAGUACCCUACCUCCCCCUCAAAUCACCCAACCUCCACUAA